UCCAUAAAUCAUUAGAGUAACCAUAGUAAAAUCGUUAUUAUCUUGAGAAACGGAAACAACAAAGGUUUCAAACUUAUUGAAUCAUCAUUAUUUGUUUGUGUAAAAUGCAACUAUCCAUUAAAACAGUAUUGUCAUAUUUUUGAAUUUUUUUCAAAAUCUAUGCGUUUAAACUAAAGGUGAAUCUCUACUAACCUCACGUACCAUUUACAGUCGCUUAUGUCACCAUUCCAAUCAUAAAUCGAUGCUCCUUCAGCAUCUUUUCAUGAUCGUUGGACAUUUGUACUGGGCUUGGCCGAAUUAAAAUCAUGACUUAUCAUAUCUGUUAAGCUCGGAACUCAGUUCAGGGAAUAUUCUAAAGGUCCAAAACCAUUUCAUUUUUCUUGAAGCAAUGAUGUCUGGCAAGAAGCAGAAAUGCUUCCGGUUAUCUUAUUCCACCCAGUUUCAACUUAUCCAGGGUUCAACUUUUUAAUCAUACCAAACCGGUUCAUUAACUGCCGCCGCUUGCACUCACUGAUUGUUGUUUUCAGAUUCAAGAUCAACGCAAACCGGAAUCCGGUCUAUCAUCUGUCGGUUGCUGAACGUCGAUGACAUUAUGGAUUUGAUAGUUGAACCGAAUAAAGUUUUUGCAUAUUACUUUUACUGUCCAAAGAUUGAUUAAACCAACAAUUAUUUGACAAGUGGUAGUGAGCUGGAGUUCUAUUCUCCAUGUACCUUUAUCCUCCUAAAAUUAGCAAGGAAUAAAAAUUAAUAAACAAACAACACUGCACUAGAAUUAAAUUCUUAAUAUCGUUGAAACUAAUCCCCUUAGUUUAGUUCUUAAAUCGUUCCCGCUUCAUUAACUGACAAUCUAGUAGCUAACUGAAAACGAACAAACAAACAAAAGCUUCAUUGAUUCUUUUUGUUACUCUUGUUUUUGUAUUUGUUUUUUUUUUUUGGUUACUGCAUAUAAAUAAAAUAAACCCUCGUUAGUUUUAUUCUCAAUCCUCUCCCUCUCAUUUAUAACUUCUCUCCGGAUAAUCAAUUCAUCUUGUAACUCUAUUUUCUUCAACCACACAAAAGCAGAGCGCUCUGUUUUUCUAAAAAGUUUUUUUACAAUCACACAACAAUGGAAACGAAAACUGAAAGCAAAGAGCAACAAUGGACGGAUUCGAUUUCUCAAUCUUCAUCGUCACGAUCAUCAUCAAUCACAUCUGAUUCUUCCGAUGGACAUUUUGACAUCAGACACUUUCCUCUUCCCAAGCCAACAUUGUCUGCAGCCGAGGCACAGAAACAGAGAGAGUCCCAUCAGGCUUAUACUUCCUCCGUGAGCUCUUACACCGGUUCGUCAUGGUCCUCGGUUCACCAGCACAACCUUGCUGAUUUACCCGGUUACGAUCCAAACCGGAUUCCAUCUUCGGUUUUCUGUAGUAAACCGUCUAAUUCGACGGAUUGGAGUAUUGCUUCUAAUGAAUCCUUGUUUAGCAUCCACGAUGGGAAUUUUAGCAUUUCAACAAGGGAAGAUCAUGGAGUGCCUGCAGGGUUGAGACUGGGUGAGAUACCAAGAUUUGAAGAACCGGUUCAUGAGAUAACCGAAAUCAAACCGGUUCCUCUUCCUCUUCCUCCUCCAACCCUUCAGGUUAAUAAACCCACAGAACCUGAAAAAGAAACGAUUCAAGAGAAGAAACCAGACGAUGAAAAAGAAUCAGACUCUGAGAUUAACCAUGAUGAUCAAGAUGAAGAAAGCGACAACGAACAUGAAGAAGAGGAAGGAGAAGAUAUGUUCGAAGAGAAGGUCGAAAAACAAGAAGAGAAAGAAGAAAUAGAAGAUGCGAAGGAAAAUAAAACAGAAGAUACAAACAGCACAGUUUCACAUUCCCCGACCAUUUCUUGUCGUUCGGACACAAGCAAUAACAGCAUUUGCUCUUUCGCUUUCCCAGUAUUGCAGAAAGAAGAUGGAAUAGACAAAACACCGUCUUUGGAAAUCAGAGGGAACCUCUCACAAAAGACAAGACCUGAGUAUUUGCUGCCUCAAUCGCCCAUGCAACCGCCCCAACCGGAACCGCUGCCGCAUUCAGAACCACAACCACAACGGAAGGCGUCCAAGAAAAUAGAGUCUCAACCGCAAUCGCCAAAAUCUUGGACAAGUGGUUGUUUUUCUUGCUUCCACUGUCCUUUAAAAUGCUGGUUAUUCAAGUAGAUAAAACUUUUGUUACCGAAUGUUUGUAUACUGGUUGAAGGAUGAUAUAACUCUUAUGUAAUGGUGAUGGAUACACAGAAAGACCACAUUUUGUUAUUACUUUAUUUCUUAACGUAUUAUAUA